AUGGCGACACCCCCCUUACACCCGGAUGUCUUUGCGGCGCUCAAGCUUGCCAGCAUGAGACCGCGAUUAGUUCUGGCAGGUCUGAAGGUGUCGGGCAACAAGCCUGAUCUCAUCCAGAGGUACCGGAAUUGGUACCAUGGUCAGUCUGGUGCUGGUACGUCUGCUGCCGUAGCAGGCCCGUCGACUGCGGCGAUUCCUCCAGGUGCUUCUGCUGCUGCUGGUGCUGCUGUUGGCGGUGCUGCUGUUAGUGGUGCUGCUGUUGGUGGUGCUGUUGGUGGUGCUGGUGGUGCUGGUGCUUCUGCUACUGGUGACGACGACGAUAACGCCGUGUCCAUGUUCAAUCGCAUUAUGUUUCCGAGCAAUAUCUGCGUCUCCAAAGCGACUCUCGAAUGUCUUAGGCGCCUGCGUUAUUCGCCUGGAGUGAGGUACCGCAAGAAGCCUGACAGCAAAGACCUUGGUCACCAUCUUGCACCGCUGUAUAUCUUCACCGAGGCGGUGCUCCAGUCGAUGAAGAAAGUGAACGACAUCCUGGUACCCGAAGCCGCCGUCAACGAAACCGCUCUGUGGCAAUACGUACAGGAAAGCCUACCCAGCAUCAACGCUUCAGCAGAAAUGGCGCCUUUCUUCGCGGCAUGGGGCGUCAAGGUUUCUGGAUAAGAUCUAACGAUGGAAGAUGCUACGACGACGACGACGACGACGACAACGACAAAGAUGAAGACAAAGACGAAGACGAAGACGAUAAUGAUAACAACGACAAAGACGAUGACAACGAUUCAACGACAACGACAACGAGCGUCGGGCCCUGCAGCAGGAGCUCAACAUCAUCAACUUGGCGUUUACACAUCGCCUGGAUCACUGGGCAACGACUUUCCAAGCACUCGGUACC